AUGCAGACAAUCGCUCAACGCCAGCCUCCCCCUCGUUUGUGUCCUUCCUUAGCACCCGCACCUUCAUAUGCAAGCGUCAAAACUCGCUUCGCCCUAUCCCAGCAUCCAAACGACAUACAAGUGUAUGCAAACAACGUACACCCGAAGCAGCACAAAGGUUGGUUCGACAACGGAGUUUGUGUGAUAUCGCCGUACCAUCGAGGCACCUUCAGGCAGGGGGACGUGGUAUCGGUGCCCUUCCAUAUCUCCAACACGAAUCCAAAUGUCGACAAGUAUCAAAAGGAGAUCCAGAUCACCGCACAGGGCCCAGUGUACUCAAAGCGCCGGAUGUUCAUCGUGUUGUUCAAAGCCCGGGAGGCGAUGUUCUGUCUGCCAUUGUACUCUUGGCAGCAAGUCGGUAUCGAGAAGAAGGACGACGGAAGAGGCCUUAUAGAUGACCAUGUCUGCGUUGUCAACUACAAAGACAGAGUCGAGUUCGAAACGAGCGGGAAGGUAACAGGUCCUCAUCGGCCCUUGUUCUUCGUGCACAGGCAUGAAAACAGUGUCGGACUUACUGAAUCAACAACAUGUCAGCUUGUGGGAGGCCAGUGGAUCAGUUACAACGAGGACAUUGGAAAGGUGGGGCGAAUAACCGAGAGCAGUUACGACCAGAUGCUGCUUGCCUGGAAUGAGAGGUGCAAGGCAUGCUGGCGUGACAAGGACCCAUUUCCGGUGGAAGGCGAGCAAGAUUACCGUUUCGUCAAGCUGAAUGCUCCCCCGUCGAGAAUCGGAGGUCAGUCGCAGGCACCUUCGCGCCGCUCACAGGAUCCCUAUCACUCACAGGCUCCUUCAGGCUACUCACAGACGCCUUCUCGCCCCUCAUAUGCAUCUUCGCGCAACUCUCACGCAGCUUCACGCGGCAGUAUGGCCGGCAGCAACUGGAGAAGAGGCAAAACAGACCAUUGGUCACCUGGUCAGCCUUAUUAG